UGUCAAAGUUCUGUAAGUUAAUCCAAGGGUUGUGUUUCGUGGGGUUUUAAAUUGCGAUUUCGUUUAAACCGAGCCCCCGUGCUUAACACGAACACUGAAAACUUUGAAAGUAAAGUUUGAGCGAUAAUGUGCAAUAACGACGAGCAAUUCCGUGCAAUACACACUGUAUGAAAAUGUUCGUGGGGUUUUAACCUAAUGGUUGAAGAAUUUGAAAUAUGGAAGAAAAACCUGAAAUAUCCCCUAGUGAAUCGACUGUGCCUGAAUCUCCGCGGCCCACAGCAUUUACGAUAGACUUUGGCAAUGAGAAGAAGGUGGACUUGCAAAGGCACAAAUCACUGGCUGAAAAGUUCCAGCAGAGACACAAAAGGGGCAAGUCUAUGUCCAAGUUGGAAGGCAGCAGUGUUGCAACGCCCACCGCCACCAAGAGACACCCCCUGACGGGGAACUUGCCCAGGAAGUCCAGUUUUCACUCAGAAGAUGAAAAGGUUGAACGAUGUAAGAGUGCAAGCGUGAGUUCAAGACGAAGCGAUCUCACGUUGCCCUUAGCCAAUACCACUUCAGAUCGAAUGACGCACUCGUUUCCUAAUGCUGUCCUAUUCUCUCUAAAUAGUCCAACUUCAGCUUGCGAUUUGCAGAAUGUGUCCAGUCCGGAGUUCGAAAUGAUCAGCCCCUUUAGUCCGGGCGUUGAGCAAGUGGCUCGCAACGUGAACGACAUCAGCCUGUCCUCGGACGAGGCCAUUAAAUCGGCCAAUUUCAAUAUUCAUGACCUGGACUGGAUGGAUCGACAGUCCGACACUCUAAGCGAGACUGGGACUUACACUCUGGAAGGGGAGAACUACUCAGAAGAGCAAAAGGCGCGGAUGAGCAUUGACAACGAGUUCAAAAUAGAGAAACUGACAGUGGAAGAGAAAACCGAAGAGUACAUCAAGAGCCUAUCGGUUGGCCGGUUUGUUUUGGAAGAAGCAAAUUCCUCAACAGUUUCCUCCCAAUAUAGCGGCAGUUCGUCCACAGUGUCGAGUCUCCAUAGCAGUUUUUCAGCCGGCGGCGGUCUGCCGCCAGUGCCCCCUUUAAAGCCCAGCAACGAGGCAAACUUUGGCAACAGACCAUUAGAGCUGCUGCUAAAGGCCCCACCGGCCGGACUCAAUGAGUUUGCAACGAAAAAAGUGCUUUCCCCUAUUCUGUCGCCCACGCAGAACAUUUCCAUUGGCGACGAAGACGCCAAGCAGAGGCUCAGCCCCAAGCACCAGCCCCUGACCAAAUCCAUGCCCUCGAACGCCAAAAGCCAAAAAUCCGAUGAGGGAGCGAUUAUUUCCGUCACAUCAAGCGGCGCGUUCCGCGGCAAAAGCGAAAGCAAACAGGCGCUCGCACGGCGGCUGAGUUUGACCAAGUCGGAGAUUCACGUGGAGGCCUACAUCGAUGGAAAGAUGUACAAUGAGGGUCCGCCCAAUAACACUGGAAGUCGCCCCAAUUCUGCCAGACAGAGCAAACUGACUGCCAACAUUGUUAAUGUGCAAAGCAUCGAAGUCAAUCCGCAUAAUUCGGGCGAAUUGGGCAAUGUGGUUAGUGCAAGCUUUACCUGUGGGAAAACCGGCAAUGUGGCUACAGUUACCACCGGCCUUCCACCAACCCCAACUGGGAAAUUGUCGCCAUCGAAAAUUCCAUCUCCGAUCCACACAUUGGCGCGGCCCCGUAGCAGAAACAGCCUGUCGGCGCCGCCUGACGACUUCGACACCGAGAUGAUUUUGAAACCGACCCGAAAUUACAUCAAUUCGCUGCAGCACAAGUUAUCGCUGGAUAACAGUGACCAAGACAGUGACUACGAGAUGAAGUAUGGGCUGCAGCUGAACAACACGGCCCAUCUGUUGAAGCAGCGCGCUCUGCACAUCAGGCACAAUUCGCUGGAUGAUCGCACGAUCAACAACAAGCUGGAACAUUUCCAGAGCAAGAAUCUGCAGCCGAUCGAUCAAACGUACACAAACGUGUUUGAUCAAUACCACAAGCAGAACAAGGUGAUGAACAAGAUCAACAACUCGCCUAGCAACAGCCCGAUCAGAAGGUCCAGUAGCUUUUCCAAUCGCAAUCAGAUUAACAACAUCAAGAGCUCGAAUGUGGCCCUGAGGAAGGACUCCAAUCUGAGCGGGUCGCCGUGUUUGAGCCAGAGCGAGCGGAUUCAGCGUAGCUCGUCCACCGCCUGCAUUAAGCCUAACUAUGCCCCCAAUAGGGGCGCAGUUCUGGAGCACAAGAAAAUUGAUAGGAAUCAGUUUGGCGACACCGAGUCCAGCUCGGAAGAAGAACUGGAGCCGGUUCUUCAAAAGAAGAAGGAUUUGGGCAGCUUAUCCAACACGCGCUGCAACCGAACGUUCAGCCUGCGAAGAGCCCGCGUGGACAACGAAGCCAACAAACUGAAGUGCCCGAACACUCCGGAUAUGCGUCGCAAAACCUUCCAGCCAACGGGCGGUAAGCCUGAACGAGCAAUCUCCGUCGACAGGAAGCCUGUUAGAACCAACGAGACACAAAGCCGAUAUCUGCUUAGUCUGAAUAAGCGGGCCACGUCGCUUGCCAAAGAGAUUCCAAAGAGCGCUUCAAAGUCUGCGGGUUCCGGCUUGAAACCAGCGCCCUCGAAAACACCGGCCUCUUUUGCGCGGUCGGAGGCCGGUCGGUUUAGCAUGCGAAGCUCCACAAACGGCCCUAUGAAGGGUGCGAAAAAAGACGGCAAGGGCUCUAAACAGGGCGGUGGAGCGCGGUGCAAUUCAUCCCUAUCUAGUCGCGAGGUGGAGUUUCAGAACUGGAAGCGGCGGAAAAGCUACGACCCGAUGAAAGCAGCUGCUGAGGGCAAGAAGAAAGACAUGGAGAAACGGGCGAGUGGACUGGCCAAGCUCGGAGCUGUCAGUCCGGAUAGCUCCCCAUCGCACUCCGGCUCUGUUCACCGUUCUCAGAUUCCCCACCCGUGACGAAUUUAGUGCUUAGUUAAAUAUUUAAAAGGUUUCCUAAAAGAGCUUCCAUGGAACAGCCGCUUUAGAGCAGCUGAUCAGCUCGGAUGAGGAAGACGUCACGUUUUCAGCUGAUGAGGGUUUCAGCCCCCCAACUCCAAGUCCAUGCGAACUGAGCCCCACUAAGGCCCGUUUAAGGCACUCGCUUUGGGACCGAAUGCGUAACUAAUUCAAUGGUUUUAUUUGCGCUUUUACAUUCGAAUUUCGUGAUCAAAUGGAACCAAAUUUGUUUGGAAAGUUUUCGGAUUUUUUUCUGGUUUGGUUUGGAUCAAAAAAAUUUCUGAGGCGCAUGUAUUUAAAGCGAAUCGACUUGCUUUAAUUUUUGAGCGGAAAAGUAGAUGCGACUUCUGUUAGGGAUUGGAGAAGCAUCGCGAACUUUGUCUGUUAUCCAUAGGCUCGUCAGCCAUUUGUUUACUGUUAGGUGUUUUGUCUACUUUUCUCGCUCCUGUGAUAAACAUAUUAUUAUAUAGCAAAUAUUGGAAAGUAUAUGGAUCUGUACUCUAAACAGUUGAUUUGAUUGUGCUCUUGACAAUUAUAUUCUUUCUAAUAUCCGCGCACUGUUACAAAUAUAAUUGAGAUUAUUCGUGGCUCUCAAAUUGAUAAGGCAAGUUAAGGUUUUCGACUUCUCCUAUUUCCUUGUGAUUAUUGCUAGACGCGUAAACCGAAACUUAAGCGGGGAAAAUUAUACUUUUUGAAUAUUUAUUUCGCCAAUAUCGGGCUCUAAUUGUUUAAUUGUGAGUAUUAAUGAAGCUGAUGUGUUCCUUUAAAUUAUUGUUGUAUUAUUAAUAUUGUUAGGCGAAAUGCGCGGAAUUUUUCAACGUUUAGCUCGAUCUGUUUGGAGGCGAAGUCCUCAAUUUCAAUUGUUGUAGUUUCUCAGUUUAUUCCUGCCAUAUAUUGAUGUGGUUUUCUUCAGGCGUAACAAGUUUGAGUGUUUUAGAAAACUUUGCUCAUGCGACGUGAUUAUACAAACAUAUCUUUAGCCAAUUUGAACUGUUCAAGAAUCCAUCCCGGGUCUGGUUCAACAACGGAUUUCUACAUUCUUUUGCGCAUUGCUCAAUAUAUGGUUUUUCUUUUCCGUUAAAGGUCAGUUGAUUUUAUUGCCUCGUUAUCUACUAACAGAGAGCACAGAUUUCUGGUCGGUUUUCCUUAGAAAAAAUUCAAUCGAUGAGAUUGGUUCGGACUGUGCCAAUUUUUCUCUUACUUUUUAACCCAAAGCAUUGUGAUUUUCAUAUUUUUCUUCGAUUUUAUGAGGCAUUACCGUUGAACUGGGUUAGUUUGUAGCGGUUUUAAGCAGCGCUCAGUUUGAUUUCCAAGUGAUAUCAACCGUCUAUUGUGGUUUUUCGUUGACCAAAUCGCAGCCCCUUCAUAUUUAAGUGCAUUAUCGAAUUUACAUUAUUUUUUAUAUGUUGCUUUUGUGUCAAUAUAAGCGCUUUUGUAUAUGGAUGCAUCA